AAACCCAAAACAAAACCUCUGCUAAUAAUCUCUCAUCUUCUACCUUCUCAAUGGCUCAUAAUAAUUACCACUUUGCCAUCUUCCUCGCCUUCCUCUCCGCCACCGCUGGUCUCUCCUCCGCCGCGUUGGUCGAGGAACAGCCGCUUGUCCUAAAAUACCACAACGGUGUCCUCUUGAAAGGAAACGUCACAGUAAAUCUCAUUUGGUACGGGAAGUUCACACCCAUCCAACGGUCCGUUAUAGUCGACUUCAUCCGUUCCCUCAACGCCGCUUCCUCCGCCGUUCCCUCCGUCGCUUCCUGGUGGAAGACGACGGAGAAGUACAAAGGAGGUUCCUCAACCCUCGUAGUAGGGAAACAGCUUCUCCUCGAGAACUACCCUCUCGGAAAAUCCCUCAAGAACCCUUACCUACGUGCACUAUCCAACAAACUUAACGGUGGACUCCGUUCUAUAACCGUCGUUUUAACGGCGAAAGACGUUACCGUUGAAGGUUUCUGUAUGAACCGUUGCGGGUCCCACGGAACUUCUGUUUCCAAAUCGCGUCGCGCAGCUAACGGCGCAGCUUACGUGUGGGUUGGGAACGCAGAGACUCUCUGUCCUGGCUACUGCGCGUGGCCGUUUCACCAACCGAUAUACGGACCGCAAACGCCGCCGUUAGUUGCGCCUAACGGCGACGUAGGAGUUGACGGAAUGAUCAUAAACCUCGCUACACUGUUAGCUAACACCGUCACGAAUCCGUUUAAUAACGGGUAUUACCAGGGCCCACCAACUGCACCGCUUGAGGCUGUCUCGGCUUGUACUGGUAUAUUCGGGUCGGGUUCUUACCCAGGCUACCCGGGUCAGGUGCUCGUGGAUAAAACAACCGGGUCUAGUUACAAUGCACGUGGACUAGCCGGAAGGAAAUAUCUAUUACCGGCGAUGUGGGAUCCACAGACCUCAACGUGCAAGACUCUUGUCUGAACCAAGUUGAUGUUAAUGUGGCACGUCGCAUAGUACCGAGAGGAAGCAAUGAUGGAAGGUCUAGAUAGACAUCUGUUAGUCAGAACAUGUUGCACGCGCGCGUGGUGGUUACACUCUCUCGGGUUUGGAUUGUGGAUAGAGUUUUCUUUGUUUUUGUUGUUUUGUUGUGACGUGUAAAGUAUGUGCUUGGGAAUGUGAAAGAUGUAUAUGCAUAUAUUAAUAAAAAAAUCAUUGUGCUUCAGCUUUGUGGCA